AUGAGCUCCAUCACCCUCACCAGUUCAGAUGGCAUCGAGAUCAGCGUUGACCGCACAACUGCUGAGCGCUCCGUCCUCAUCAAGAACAUGCUCGAUGACCUUGGUGACUCUGGCGACGCCGUGCCCCUCCCCAACGUCAACGAGGCUGUCCUGAAGAAGGUUAUUGAGUGGUGUGAGCACCACAAGAAUGACCCCGCCUCCGCCAGCGAAGAUGAUGACAACCGCCGUAAAACCACCGACAUCGAAGAGUGGGACCAGAAGUUCAUGCAGGUUGACCAGGAAAUGCUCUUUGAGAUCAUCCUCGCCGCCAACUACCUCGAUAUCAAGGCUCUUCUUGACGUCGGGUGUAAGACCGUUGCCAAUAUGAUCAAGGGCAAGUCCCCCGAGGAGAUCCGCAAGACCUUCAACAUCCAGAACGACUUCACCCCCGAGGAGGAGGACCAGAUCCGCCGGGAGAACGAGUGGGCCGAGGACCGCUAA